CGAACCGAAAUCUGCCGUUCUUGCAUCUAUGGUGGCUGCUUCUCUGCGCCCUUCUCCAAGCGUUUCACCACUCUUCACGCUGACACCUCCCUUGCGCCACACUUAGGUUUUAGUUCCAUCAGCGAUCUCCCUGCACGCAAUUUCUCUCCGUCUCUCUCUCUCUCUCGUUUCCUCGUCUGGCACCAGCUACUCCGCCAACAAGGACGUUUUCCCAAAGCGAACAGUAUUUGCCGUAUUUGCGCUGAAGCCGACCCGCACGAGCGUGCAAAUCGAUUAUUCUUGCUGCGGUCAGCGCAACCGUUGUGACCUGCACAACUCGUGCAACCCCCUCUCCAACCGCCAUAGUCAACGCAGCGCCCCGUAUAACCCGUUCCCUGCCCUUUCCUAGCGUUAACCUAAUCGUCGAGCCGACCCAAGGGAGCCGUUGCUUCCUAUUUGUAGUGCCCUCCGCCACCCCCCUAGCCUCUCUCCACCCCGUUCUCUCGCUCCGUUCUCCCAUCGAAACCGCAUCUCCACUGUACCUCCGGGCCAUUUUAGGCCAAAACAUUGCCCUCUCCUCUCCUCUCCUCUCCUCUCGCCUCCUCUCCUCUCGCGUCGCCUCACCUCGUCUCCAUGGCGCAAAGCAGACUCCUUUCCCGCGGGUCCGUGCGACAAACCCUCGCGCUGCUCCUCCUCGCCCUCCUCGCCAGCGCCUCUUUCGCGAAGCAGAGUAACGACUUUUCGCAGGACGUCAAGGACGCGUUCGACAGCUCGUCGCGGCGCGCGCGGGACGGGAUGAAACGGCUCGGUAAAGACUCGCGGGCGAUCUUAGACGCCAAGUCGAAGCUCCUAUCGCUUGAGAGCGCCGCCAUGAAGCUCGUCAACGAGAUUGUCGCGAAAACGGGGAAGAACAUAACGAAGCCGCAAAACGCGCUGAGGAACGUCGCGCGCGGCGUGGUUUCCUCCGUGAACGUGCUUAAAAAGAACGGGCUCUUCCGGGGCGGUGCGAAAGUGAACCCGAAGCAGUCGAAGCUAAGCUACACCGCGGACCCGGCAGCCUUCCAGGCGAAACAAGCGGAGGAGAUUAAGAAGGUCCUCGAGAUGCUAUCUCCAAGCCGAGCCGCAGGAGCCGGAAGCCGAUCCAGCGCGGACAACGGCGACUCGACGUCGCAGCAGCAGGUUGCGUCAACCGCGUCCGUGGCGUCAACGGCGUCGGUGACGAGCAGCAGGAGGAGCAGAAAGCCGGUGAAGAAGUCGGCGUCGGACCAGUGCAACGGGUGGAUCUGCAUCGAUAUUAGCAUCGACGGCAUCAUCCAGGGCAUUCAGGGAUUCUUCAGCGGCAUCGGCGAAGCGAUCUCGGGCCUCGGCGACGCGUUCGAGUCGUUCAUCAACGCGGUUACGCAGAACGGCGGCCCGACGACCCUUCUCUUCCCCAUGGAUGGGCUGGUCUGGGCGGGCGCGCUCACGGUACUCAACGCGCCGCAGCUAGCCACCGUGGCCUCAUACCACAUGCUCGACGGGAUCUACGGCUACGACAACAUGCGCGUCGCAGGGUGGAUGUCGCAGUUCCGGACGUACCUGGGGAACCAGACCGUUGUGAAGAUCUUCGGGCAGGGGUUUCCGCUGGUGGUGCUGAUGGGGCACCAGGGGUUUCCGUCGAUCGUCAUCUGGCCGAACUUCUUUGUGGGGGAUACGCUGGUGGUGCACCUGGUGAGCACUGCCGUGGUCCCAAUCUUCACUUGAUGAGGUGACUGGGCCCGGAGGAGUCUGGAGGAGUCUGGAGGAGUCUGGGGGAGUCUGGAGGUUUCAGGAGGCUAGACGAGGAGAUCGUCAGCCUGCAAGAGUCGGAUUGCAUUCCAACAUACCUCGGCUCGAUUCUACGAUCGAGUCGGGUGUGGGGUGGGUGGGCAGGGCACUGUAUGGCCAUUGGAUUGGCUGGAGCCUGGAAGCCUGGCACUUGGUUGGUGGGGUUGUGUGUAAGGUACUGGUGUCUGCUGUCUGUUUAUAAACGCUCUUGAAGGACUGUCGUCCGUCCAUACAUACUGCUGUGCUGUGCCUGUGCCCUAUCAAUUUAGACUGUAUUAUGCUCGGCUCGGCGCCAUGCCGUGCGUGUAAUUGCACUCGUAUGAGGCCUAAUGGCGAGUCCUUGAUUAUUA